AUGGCAAGACCCUUCGUGCUGCUGAACGGAACGCAUUCGGCUGCUCCUCACGUGCCUGGACACACUGGAGAUCAACACUGGCCUGGCGUGCUUGCGCCCGAAGAAACCUGUAUCUACCGACCAGCAGAUUCUCGACACAUCCGAUUGCCCCGCGACAGAAUUAAGCAGAUGGUGAUUCUUUCGCUCACUGGCGAUAAGUAUUGCUGGAAAAGGCGGGCGCGGGCAGAACGAGAAGGCCAAGAAGGCGAAGAAGGCAAAGAAGGCAAAGAAGGAGUCAGCCAGCACGAAAUGACCCGGGGAGGCCGGGGACACGAGAAACAGAAUUUGGCUGACGACGGCAAGGCAGCGCCGCCCGGCUUGACUGAUGAUCCACCAGUGUUUGAUGAACAUCGCUAUCCUCGGCUCUUGUACACGUGUACGUGUGACUAUAGUUGUGAUCAUCCCUUCAAACCGAGAAGACAUGGUAUGCCUGAGGCCAGUAUGCAGCCAUCUAACUUGAGAGCUGGAGUCGUGGCCUCAUCACGUGCGCACCCGGCGCAAGAUGAGUCAGCACAUUUGACUUCGUUUCGUGAAACGCGUAGAUGGCAUUGCGUGUAG